AUGCUUGCCAAAAUUUUCUUUAACCUAUUUACCGGCUACGACGACAGUGAAAAUAAUAAAUUCGUCAACAACGUGUCAAUUAGCAAAUGUCCAUUUGCUAACACUCCAUCAUAUCGUGCCAAACGAAACUCAACUGAUUACCACAAACAAAAUACUUCCUCGCUCGAAUAUACGCCGUGUUUUACGUCUUACAUAUUUCCAAACGCAAACUUAUCAUUGCUAAAUGCCAAAUUUAAAGAAUCGUCCAGCACGUUGCCGCCUCCUUCCUCCACGCGUCCGACUCCAUACACAUAUCCCCGCGACAGCUUGAACAAUCUUUUCAAAAACUCAAACAACUCGUGGCCUCCAAAGAGUUCUCCUUCAACUGUACCAUAUCCGCUCUCAUUAUACAUUCAACUUUGUGAUGAAAUACCGUCACGCAUGUCUUCGGAUGCAUAUACUCAUGUUGAAUUUAUGGCAUGGAUGAUCGAAUAUUUGUCUAAAAAUAUAUUGCAUUUGAUGACAGAUAUUAUGAGCAAAAUCGAAACAUUACAACCGGGUGAUGGACAUUAUGAAGCUAUGUUAAGCUGUCUAAGCGUCUGUCUUCUUUCAUACCGUUGGGGUCCUCUUCCUAAUGGUUCUUCCACUGCCUGCGUCUCGUCGCUGCAGCUCCCAAGUGAGCUAACUAUUCCAUUUACACGAUUGACAUCUCGAAUAGGAUUACCGCCUUGUCCUACAUUGUAUUCGACGAUACUUUGUAAUUGGAGCGAGUCCACUACACUCAAUAUCGAUGGUGAAGACAUUACCUGGCCACUUGAUACGAGGUUUACAUUUAGCAUGAGAGAUGACAGCGACAUUGGAUCAACCACAGAGAGGGGAUUUUAUCUCAGCGUUAUUAGAAUGGAGAGCAUGGCAAAACGGUUGUAUGAGCGUGCUGCUACGUUGGUUGAACUAGUGAACGGAUACGAGGAAACUCAAUCAAAGUCAAUGAGCGAUACUACAAAGGACAGCGUAGAAACAAAAGAUCAAAAAAUAAUUGAAGCAAUGAUUCGAUUGCGCCAUUCUGCUACACACGUCUUUCGAGUAUUCUACAGCAUGACCGCGAAAAAAACUCAAUCGUCUCACGGUUGCCCAUUUGCCGCUCCAUUUGCAAUGUCUGUAUCCGCAUGGUCGACACACGCACAGACACCAACGGGUUGGGAAUUAUCGGGUUUCAAGGGCAUUUCUGGAUCUCAAGCGCUAAUUAUUCCCGUGCUGGACACUGUUCUCUCGUGUGUUGGUACGUCACCUGCAUAUCUAGAUGCGAUUGAUUCGUAUGAACAUUACACAACACAAGCCAUGCGCGAUUUUGUUAAUUCCAUCAAGAACGUUCCGAUAUCUCUUCGUGAAUACGUGAUAAAGUCAAAAUCAGUCACACUUAAAAGAGAGUACAAUCAGUUGGUUAGUUCUUUGGCUUUGUUUAGAAUGGGGCAUAGGGCCAUUGGGAGAAAGUAUCUUGGAGGAGGAGAGAGUAACGUGGAGGCAGAGAAAACUGCAGGUGAAUUGGUUAACAAAUUAAGAAAGGAUGGUGAAGGAACGGUUGAUACGUUCUCUCGGGCAAUGACGGAAAGAAUAUUGGAGACAAAAAAAUUGCUUGUGGAAGAAAUGCCUUAG